AUGGCCGCGGCACCGGCGCGGGCACUCGCCGCCGACAAGAGGUGGGGGUUUGCUGCUGCCGCUGCGGCUCCGGGGAGGACGCCGGCCGCGGGGGUUGUUGAGACGGCCCCGAAGCCCACUGAUUUGCCAACCCAGAGGGGUGCUCUACCAUGGGGUGACAGGCCAAUGCGUCUAGUACCAAAUGCAUGGGGUUCAUCAUCACUACUAUCUCUCAAGAAGGGUGAAGGUUCUGGGUCAUUUGUGAACAUCAAUGACCACCCUUCUUCUCCAGUAAGCUCAAGCAUGUCGACAGAUGAAAGUGACUUGCUCGACUCACCUGUUUCUUGUGGUCGAACUUCACAUGAUUCUGUAACUGCGAUAAGCCGUCCUCAAAGCACAGAGUUAAGAUCAGGAAGCUGGAAAUUUGCACAUUCUCAAAUUUCUUUCUUGGAUGUUCUGAAAGCCCCAUUAAGGACUAUUGCCAAAAAGGAGGUGAUCCUGUUUCUACUGCAAAUUUCUCUUGGGAACCAGAAUAGGCUCAACUACAUGCUACACAAAUUCCUUAUAUAUGUAUGCCUCCUCCAUGUAUUGAUUACUGGCAUCAUCCUCCUGACAGGAAUGGAAUUCGUCUUUGAGGAGUGGUAUCAUAUGGUCCGUGCAGGCAAGCCUGCAGACAAGACUGUCAGCUUCCCUGUUGAACCAUUUACUCAUGAUGGUCAAUCCGUUCUGAACCAGGGGGGAGAAGAAAGGCAUGGUCCACAUGGGGUUUAUCACCCAGAAAACAAUGAUUCCUGUUAUGCUCAUGUGCCUGUUGAUACUUUUGUCAAAAGUUUACCUCAUCUCAUACUUGAAAAGGUCAAAGAUAACCAUUCAGAUGCACUUGAGAAGCAACCUGUCAUCAAGAAGGAUGUGGCACUGCUAGAGAAAAUAAAGUGCCUACCUCAUCACAUACUUGGAAAGGUCAAAGGUAACCAUUCAGAUGCACUUGAGAAGCAACCUGUCAUCAAGGAGAAUGUGGCACUGUUAGAGAAAAUUAAGUGUCUAAACAUCAAAGCUAGAAAUCUUCGUGCCUGUAACAUGCCCGAAAUAUCUUUGUGCAAGGAAUCCAAGGUUGAAUGUCCCAAAAGCCUCAAUUUAAAAGCAGAUCAUCUAGCAAAUGAUGUCCCCUUCAGCGCUGCCACCAGCUUUAUCACCUCUGCCUUUGAUAUGGCUAAUUAUGUUUCUGAAAGAAUCUCUACAGCAAAUAAUCAUGAAGAUCAACCACUUGCUGAGAACUGCUCACAGCAGGGGCAUGCGAGAACUGCUAAUGAUUUGCUGAAAUCUCCUCAUGAAAUCCAGCAUUCAAGAAGAGAGUUGUCUGCUCAAAAUUCACAACCACAGGGAGAGGAGAGGGGAAAAAGUCAACAAAAGGCAAAGUCUAUUGCAAAACUGGAAUUUGUACAAAAUCAGAAGUCAAAUGAUGCACCUGGUAAAUCUGGUGAUUCCCAUGUAUAUGGAGGAUGGAAUGCUUUGAUGAACAAGCUUGGUUGUGCUGAGGAUAUUCCAUUUAACAUUUCGAGACAUGGAUGGGAAGGUCACCCUGCAGUUGACUCUUUGCCAGUUAUGACAGAUUCUCAUCAAGAUCAAUCUUUUCCUUGGAACACCUCUCAGCAAGGACAUGUGCUAACUGAUGAUAUUCUUAACUCUCCUCGUUAUGAAAUUGAGAUGGAGAAUGAAAACAUCGAACAUGAGGCAACAUUUAUUGCCAAACCAGAAGACUUGAGCACACAGCCAUUUGUACAUAGUCUGAAGUCAAAUGAUGCACCUGGUGAAUCUGCUGAUUACCAUGUAUAUGCCAGAUCGAAUGCAUUAAGAAACAGGCAUGGUAGUUCUGCUGAGGAUAUUUCAUUUAGCAUGCCUGGACAUGGAUGGAAAGAUCACUCUACAGUUGACUCUUUGCCAGUUGUAAGGACAGAUACUUAUCAAGAUCAAUCAUUUCCUGAGGGCACUUCUUUGCAGGUGCAGGGGAGAGCUGUUGAUGAUAUGGUUAACUCUCCUGGUUAUGACAUUGAGCUUUCAAGGAGAGAAUUGUCUGCACAGCAUCCAAAACAACUGCAGGAAGAGGAGAGGGGAAAACUUCAACAAAAGGCAAAAGCUAAUGCAAAACUGGAAGAACUGAAGAGAUGUUUGUUUGUACAGAAUCAUAUGUCCAAUGAUGUGCCACAAGAAACAAACAAAAAUCUUUGUAAACAAAAUGCUGGAAGUGCCGCGAAGAAUACUGCAGCUGCUAUCAGCUCCACUCAGAAUGUGAUGUGUGCAGCCAAGAAAACUGACAUUAGCAUGCUGGAACACAUUGCCCAGAAAACUGAAGCAGAGUCACAUGAUAGUAAUGCUCCAAAGCUUUUGCAGACGGAGGAUAGGGAAGGACAAGUUCAUAAACAGGAGAGUAUUUCAAGGGGCUCCACUCCAGCAUCAGACACUGCAGCUGCUAACAUAAGUCCUUUGAUUCCGAACACCAUUUCCCCAGUCAAGAACACUGAAAUCAAGAUUAUGGAACCAAUUGACCUGAAAGGCGUGUCACACACAAAUGAAAGCAGGACUCCAAUGCAUUUGCAGAUGGAGGAAAAGAGAAGGCAAGUUCAUUCACAUAGAAGAAUUUUAAGGGGCUGCACUCCAGCAUCAGGACCUGCAGGUGUCAACAAAGGGUCUUUGAUUCAUAAUGUCAUACCAUCAGCAAAGAACAAUGAAAACAGCAUGAUGGAACACAUUGCCUGGAAAAGUGCAUCACAGUCACACGAGAACAGUUCUCCAAAGCGUUUGCAGAUGGAGAAUAGGCAAAGGCAAGUUCAUCCACAGGAGAGAGUUCUAAGGGAGAGAUCAAACAUAGCUGAAAGCACAGAAGAUAUUACAACUGUUUCUGGGACUCAUGUAAAUGCGCCAAAUGCUGAAGCUAAACCUCAUGUGGACCUCUCAACACAAAGCAAGAACAGACCUGUGUCACCAUGUGUGUUUGGAACUAAGAAUACAGAAACAUCAGGUUUGCUUAAAGCUCCUGUAUCAGGCGUUGUUAUCAACAGUUCUAUAAUCACCAUGCAGACUCCUUUGGCUAGAGGCUUUACUGUGGGGAGCAUAAUGCUUGGGGAUGUUUCAGUUGCAUCCAAUCAGGAGAAAACAGUUGCCAAGGAAGUGGAUGAUGAUACAACAAAUAGCUGUGCUAGUCCUAAGCAGACAAAGCAAUUGGGAAAGAAUCAGCAUGAUGAACAGCAUGCCAAGGAUCCCCAUGGGUGUGACAGUAUCAUGUGCGCAGAAGUUAAAGAGCCAAGCAAGAAAGAACGGCCUGAGGCUGGUGGGGUGAACUGCAUGGCAAUACCUGCUCCAAACCAUCCAUCUGGGAAUCAAAGCACUGUUUUGCAGGAUGCAGUGCCAGCAAAAACAAGUGAAAUAGAGAGCAUGCCCAUCAACCUGAAUACAUAG